GUCAUCGUGUGAUUUUUAAAGUGAAUUAAUAGAUUUGUGAAUCAAAUAACUUGAGUUGAGUACGGCGGAAAUGAUGUUGGGGUGGUUUAAUACGAGCACAACAUUUAAUAAGAUUUUGCGAAUGUUCCAUGAAUUAACAACAGUGAGAUCUUGAGGAUCGUGGUCGUAUAGGGAAUGACGCUCGGCAGUGAAGACGGCAGGUGUGGCGCAGGCUGAACAGGCGCGUGGAAUGUGGGUGCUGCUGAUGCUUGCGUUGGCGGUAGCCGUCUCCGCCGAAUGUCCUCGGCAUUGCGAAUGCAAGUGGCGGAGCGGGAAAGAGUCCGCUCUGUGUGCUCGCGCUGGACUCAACGCUGUCCCACCGCGUCUAGAUUUAACCACACAGUUACUGGACCUUACAGAAAAUCGAAUAACAAGUUUACGUGACGAUGCUUUUUCAUCGGCAGGUUUACUUAAUCUUCAGCGUCUGUAUUUAUCUGCAUGCAACUUGAAAGUAAUACGACAAAACGCAUUUCGCGCUCUUGUAAAUCUGGUUGAGCUUGACCUCUCUCGAAACCGCCUUGAGUCUGUGCCAUCGCAUGCUUUUGAAUCAAUACCUGAACUACGAGAACUUCGAUUGGGUGGUAACCCGAUUACUAAAAUAAAGAGUGAGGCUUUCUCAUCCUUGCCUCAUUUAGUGAGAUUAACUCUUAGUUCUUGUAAAAUAUCAGAAAUAGAUCCAAGUGGAUUCAAAGGCUUGGAAGGUUCUCUAGAGUACUUGGAACUCAGUAAAAAUAAACUUCAUGUACUGCAUGUUGCAGUUUUAGCACCUCUGAGAUCCUUAAAGGGGUUAGAACUUGCAAGUAAUCCGUGGGAUUGUAAUUGCGAUCUUAGACCAAUGAGAGACUGGAUGAUAAGAAAAAACGUCCCCUCAACUGUUGUACCCGACUGCGCUCUACCGGCACGAUUAAUGUUACAAUCAUGGGAUCGUCUUGACUUGGAGGAUUUUGCGUGUCUUCCUGAAGUAUCAGUGAGCUCAAACAAUUUUAAAGGAGUAGAAGGGGAAGAGGUUACUUUGGUAUGUAAAGUAGAUGGCGUGCCAGCACCUAGAGUAAGAUGGGUGCGUGCCGGACGUCUUCUCGCAAAUACCACUUUAUCAUCCAAUUUUAAUUCAGGCAGAACAUUUACAUUACGCAGUGAGGGACAAACAAGUAAUUUGACCAUUCGUUCAGCAGACUUACAAGAUUCUGGUUUUUAUACAUGCAAUGCAGAAAAUAGAGCUGGGAAAGCAGAAGUAGUUUUAAAUUUAAUAAUAGAAAAGAAACCUCAAAAUAAAGGUUUUGGUGGAAAGGCACUCAUGGCAGGAAUGGCAGUGUCUGCGGUAAUAGUGUUAAGUUCGUGUUUAAUAGUAUUAUGUGCGUAUGAAACUCGUAAAAAGAGACAAAUAAAUAGGUGGAAUGAACAAAUAGUUACAUCCAACCAUAAUGAUAAUAGUUACGAAAAAAUAGAAGCAAAUUCAAAAACAAAUGAAGAUGUUUCUAGAGUUGUCACAUCUGAUAUUAAUCGAAAACGAGGCGACUAUAGAAACGUACCUUCACAUGACCCCGAAGACGAAUAUGAAGUUUAUGGCCGUAAUGAAAUAAAAGAUCGAAGGGAGUCUACACCACCCGACGGAGCACGUUGGCGACGAGCGGACAUAGAGCCGUCGUCUACCAGUGCUGGGGAAAUAGUACGAGACUUGCACAUACCACGACUGAGUGAAUAUAAUAUAAGAACUGAUGCAACGUCUGAAUCAAUGCAGAGUUCCAAAUCAGCGGGGAUUUUAAGCGGCCACGUUGAGAUUUUAUCAGAAAAUAAUCGGUUUAAUAAUAAUCCUCGAUCAUGUCCGCGCCCUCGUUUAAGCGACCGCCUUGAUAAUGAUCAAUCUGGUAGUGAUAGUGAAAAGAAUUAUCCUGAUCUGAUAGAAAUGAGUGCUUUAGGUUCAUCGUCAUAUUUUCGAAGUGAUAUUAAACACGAUCCGUAUUAUUUUUAUACAAUACCCCGAAGAAAAGAUGGCGAUAGUCGUAGUCCGCUCCUAAAUAGUCGCAGAAAUAGUUCCGGAGGAGAUUCGAUAACAUUUAUCGAAAGAAGCUAUGAAAAAAGCAGACAAGGUUCGAGUGGACGUCGGUCAAAUAGUUUUUUAGAUCUUUCCACGGGCGGUGUCCGUAUGCGUCGAAACCCCAGCUUACCAGCUUCACCAUCCAGGGAGCAAUUGUCUGUUCCGUCCGCUACACCACUCUUGGAUUUGUCAGGUCUUCGGGAUUACUCGCGUACGGGCCAGCCCUUUGAAGAUUUUGACUUUCGAGCUUCACAGCUGGAAAAGUUUUUAGAAGAAUAUAGAACUUUAAGGGAACAACUUUCGAGAAUGAAAGAAACUAGAGAAAAUUUGCAAAGAACUAGGGCUGUUGAAAAUGAGGAGUUGAGAUCAAUUCUUAAAGGAAAACCCAGUAUAGCUGUUACAGAAACUUCGUCCUCAGUGGCAUUAGCAGAUGCCGCUUCUCCGCUGGCUCUAAGUCCACCGGAAUAUAAGCCUCAAGGGACGAGACCUGAAUGGCUAACACAACUACUAUAUCGUAAUUAAAUCUCCUUUGUAAAUAUUUAUAUUUGAA